UACAAAAACUGCUUCGAAACUGAUUUUAUUUGGAGAAGAUAACAAUUUCAUUGCAGUGAUUCUCGUUAUCAUCCAUUUCAAUGUCUGGGACUGUGAAAUAGUAACACACAUCAUUUACAAUGUUGUAUAUUGUAAAGAGGUUACGCUGCAUCACACUUGAUAUUACCGGUACACUUAUUGCUUACAAAGGAGAUCUGGGCGACUCUUAUUGCUUGGCAGUCCAAGCUGGUUUUAAAGUAGCAUAUGCAGAAUUGGCAAAGAAGCAUCCAUGUUUUGGAUUUGCUGAUAAUAUUCCUAACUAUGUGUGGUGGAAGAUUUGUGUCAGGGAUUCCUUUGUUAAGGCAGGUUAUGAAUAUGAUGAUGAGACAUUUCAGAAUAUAUAUAGUCGCAUAUAUGCUACUUUUGGUUCUGCUGCACCUUAUAGAAUAUUUCCAGAUGCUAUACCGUUCCUCAGAUGGCUCCGCAAGGGGGAUGUUACGGUUGGGUUGGUCAGCAAUGCUGAGUAUCGAUAUCGUGAUAUAAUUCUUCCUGCAUUACGCUUAAAUCAGGGAUCUGAGUGGGAUUUCGGCGUAUUCUCUGGUCUUGAUGGUGUUGAGAAACCAGAUCCGAGGAUAUUUGAGAUUGCUUUGAAGAAAGCAGGAAAUGUAGCACCAGAAGAAGCACUUCACAUUGGAGAUAGCUUGAGGAAGGACUACUUAGCUGCGAGAGGUGUUGGGAUGCAUGCUUUGUUGUUGGACAGAUUCAAGACUGCUGAUGCUGUCAAUGGGAGGAAAUCUGGUGCCAUUGUGCUGCCGGAUUUGACCGCUACCAAAGACUGGCUUACCUCUGAAAAAUUAGUUUCUUGCCUAUGACUGGUAGAUUAGUAUUACAAGGUAGAAUGGUUAAAAAUGAGCUAUGAGUUCUAUGAAUGUGAUGAGGAAGCAUUUGGUUCAAUAUGCCACAUGCUGUCUUUUUUUUUC